AUGGCAGACUCCGAGUCCGCUAUCAAUCGGCCCGGAAAUGGGGUUGAUUUCUGCACACUGGGAAUGUUCAUUCUGGAUGACAUCGAGUUCGAGGGUCCGACUCCCCCGGUCUAUGGCAUCCUAGGAGGGGCAGCGUCAUACGCGGUCAUCGGGGCACGGAUGGUAGCUGGGAAAGAGCACGGCAAGGCUAUAAGCUGGAUCCUCGAUGUGGGCUCUGAUUUCCCCCAAGGCAUGCUGGACGUUAUCCAUUCAUGGGGCACCGGCUGCGUCAUUCGCGAAGACAAGAGCAGAUUGACUACGAGGGCAUGGAAUGGCUACGGCCCCAACGAGAAGCGAGACUUCAAGUAUCUGACACCAAAGUUGCGUCUGGAGCCAUACAUGCUCUCGGAUGCGCAGGUGUUUUCCAGGACAUUCCACAUGGUCUGUUCAGCCGAGCGCUGCAUCCAUAUCGUGGAAGAAAUUCUGCGAAGGAGACAAGAACUACAGCAGAAAGGCGACGUACCCCCGUUGCGGUCUGGAAGACCAAUCUUCGUCUGGGAGCCUGUUCCCGACCGCUGUACACCGGAGGAGCAAGACAAGUUCUUCGCCGCCAGCCGUAUGGUCGAUGUGGUGAGCCCUAACGAACUCGAGUUAGGAAUGAUGUUUGGUCGUCAGGGAUGGAAAGAGACUCGUGUCGAAGAUCAAGAGUUGGUCAAAACCAUCCUACAAUCUGGUAUUGGCCCGGAAGGAAAUGGAGUGCUAGUCAUCAGAGCGGGGAAAGACGGAAGCUACUCCUACUCCAGGAAUCAUAAAGGACUCUGGCUGCCAGCGUAUCACCAGCCCAACCCGGAUCAGCGCUCGCCAGUAGUCGAUCCCACUGGGGCGGGAAACUCGUUUCUGGGAGCGCUGGCCCAGGGCAUGGUAAGCGAAGGCCGGGAGCCGAUUCAAGUCAUCGAGUCCGUCCUGGAGUCGUCAGAUACAUGGAAACAAAUAAUACACACGUGGGGGAACAAUGGACAAGUUCCUAAGGCCUUGAUAUGCGCGACAACAGCGGCCGGGUUUGUUGUGGAACAGAUCGGGGUGCCUAGCUUGACAAGAGGAGAAGGUGAAAAGGAACUUUGGAACGGAACCGAGUUCACAGAGCGACUUCGUAUCUAUACACAGCGACUAUGUAGAACGCUUGAAGAGUCUCCACAGACACAUGACUGGCUGAUUGGCUGA